UCACAAAAGGCUACAUCUGCAUUUUCGUGUGUAUGGCCACCAAAAUGAUUCAUCUUGAGGCUGUCACGGAUUUGAGUACAGAAAGGUUCAUCGCAGCUCUGCGGCGUUUCAUGUCCCGUCGGGGAAUUUGUGGCACUAUCUACUGUGACAAUGCCACGAAUUUUGUUGGUGCCACUGGAGCUACGCGGGAGGAGAGAAUGGAAGGAGUCCGCAUUCACAACGGGAAAGUUGUCAAGCUCAUGUCCUCUUUGGGGACAGCUUUCCAUUACAUUCCAUCGUAUUCUCCAACUUUCGGAGGUCUAUGGGAGCGAGGUGUUGGCAGCAGCAAAACUCUCCUCCGCAAAGUCAUUGGGGAUACAGCUCUCACAUAUGAAGAAUUUUCAACCAUUCUCUGCCAGGUGGAGGCAUGCCUCAACUCGAGGCCACUGUGUGCAAAAUCUUCAGCUCCGGACGACCUGGAGCCACUUACGCCAGCGCAUUUCGCCGUGGGACAUGCUCUGACUCUGCCACCUGGUCCAGAACUGAUGGACAUGAAUCCCAAUUUAUUAACUCGUUGGAACCUCAUUCAGAGAUUUCUUCAGCACUUCUGGCAUCGAUGGCAUUCGGAGUACAUCACUUCAUUGCAGAAUCGCCCAAAGUGUUAUCGCAACACAAAGAAUCUCGAAGUGGGUGAUUUGGUUGUACUUCGUGAACCCAACUUGAAGCCUUCUCAAUGGAAAUUGGGGAGAAUCCUUUCUACCAAGCCCGACAAGGAGAACGUCGUUCGUGUCGUGGUCAUCAAAACUCAGGACAAUAUUCAGCAACGUGCCGUCAGCACUCUCGCCAAGCUUCCCGUCCCAAUCAAGGAUUUUGAGAUGAACUCAAUGGGGGGAAUAUGUGCGCGCCUGUCCUAGGACAAGUCGGCACAGUAGUGUGGAAAAGUACGGCACAAAUUAUUUAUAGGGAAAAACAUCAUAACCUCAUUCUUCUUCUUACCCUGGCAACUGACGCAACAAUACGCCAUACUGUGAAUUCUUAAUUUUUAUCAUUUUUCUUGCCUUUAAACUUAUUAUUUGUGAAAUUCAUCAUUCCUGUUCGAGAAUUAAAUUAGUUUUGAAGUGAAAUAUACUGAAAUUCUCAUCAUUUGUGGACCACCUUAGCAGCAAAGGGAGGAUUUGCAUCGCUCAAAGAAAGGGAAUCAGAGUCAUUCAAGGUCACCCGCCAUUCCGGUCAAUUCGCGCCGGAGGUGCCUUUAAUGCUCCCUCUGAUUCUCUUCCGCAGGUGCGUACAGAACAUAUUGAGGUUGAGAGCCAGGGGACACUCCGUCACCAUAGUGUCACUAAUGUUUUUAUCAUCUCCCUCAAAGGUAACUUCAUCUACA